GACUGUUGAAUUCUGAUAGUGCAUCCCGCAAUUUUCUCGUCUGAAAUCACUUCUUAGUUAAUGAGGACCGUAAGAACCAUCAACAAAUAGUACCGACCGCCUAUUACCGUUCAAUUGUCUUUGACUAGUGAUCGCUGUGUUUUGCUGGAUGAGGAUACACCAUUUCCGUUCCUCUGCGAUGAUCAUGUUGACUGUCCGCUCACAGUGUGUUUUUUAGUUAUGGCUGGUGUUGACCACGCCUAUCAGUACUCUGUGGAAGUGAAGAGCAGGUUCUCACUGUUCCUGGACGACACUCUGAAUAGUGAAGACCCGGAUAUCCUGCUAUCCAAGUUGCAGAGUAAACGAAGUGAAAAGACUAAAAAGGAUAAGUCACAUGUGCAACAGCAACAUGUGGCACCUGCAAAGGUCGACACAACAACUAAGAAUGAGGUGAAGGUUGAGACUGCAGCUCCGAAAGUUGGCUCUCGAGUGUCGAAAACCACCAACGUCACAGAGCCGCCACCAGUGCCACCUGAAGACGUACAAAUCACAUCCGCAAAGGGGACAGAUGAAUCAAUUAGUGCCUUUGUGCGUGGUCGUGGUUCAGGUAGAGGAACACCUCGAGGGAUGCGUGUAGGCAGAGGACAAGGGCCUCGAAUGGCUCCGACAGAAGCACCUCAAGAUUCAGUGAGUGAUUUGAAUGCUACCAGAGGGCCAAGUUUCGAGCCUAGAGGACGUGGGAGAGGUAGAGGAAGAGCAAUGUUUGGUCGAGGUCGUGGGAUGCCAUUCAAUUCGAACCGAGACUUCGACAAUCAGGAUGGUCCAGAUCGUCACCUUUUAUUCUGUAGGGGCCCAAGACAAUAUGGUCGAAGAGAUGGAAAUUGGAAUGCUCAGGAUGUUGAUGGUCAAACAAUGCCUGAGAGUGGUGACUCGGAGCAAGUUGUGCGUUUCGCAGACGAUCGUAACGAGGUCGAGGACCAGUCAGAGCAUGCCACAGCGGAGAAUGAGGAGGGUGUGGUUGCCAACGCAGAAGCCACAGUUGAGGAAGAACCGAAAAGCUACACAUUGGAAGAAUACAAGGCCAUGCGCCAGUCUUCCAAACCAGCCAUCUUACUGAACAGCAAAGGUCUACGCAAAGCUAAUGAUGGCAAAGAUGUGUUUGCAAACAUGGUGGCUCACAGAAAAAUACAGGAGGUCCACGAGGAUAUCUACGAGGUGGAGGAAAAGGAAAACGAGCCUGAGGAGCAUCAGUCGAUCGACAUUGAUUUUUCUUUCGCUGACAACUUUGGAAGCCGUAGAAGAGGUGGGCGAGGAUUUGAAAGCAGAGGGUUCGAUCGUGGGCGUGGUGUUACACGCGGUGCGGGACCAAGAAGUGAACGUGGGGGUCGAGGAAGAGGUCAGAUGAGGAGUGACGGGCGAGGUCGUGGUUUCGGCCGUGUUCUGCCUAUUAACGAUCACAUUCCACCUCCAGCAAUUUACAACGACCAGGAGUUCCCUUCCUUGAAGUGAAUUCCUAAAAGAAAAUGGAAACAGACUGUUGGAUUAAUAAUAUUCUUCCUUGUCAACUCUUACUUCCUCAAAGGCUUUUAGUCCAAGCCUCUACUUACCCAUACUCAUCCCUCCCUAUUAAACUUCAGCUUUGUAAUCUAGUUUCUCCUAAAAGCAGUUCGAGGACUGGAUUUGGCUGUGCUGCUUGAGAGCUAAUUGCAAAGCUUUGUACAUGAGUGUUUUCAGAAUGUUACAGUUUUGCGGUUGAUGUGAUCAAUCGCCCUAAAUAAACAUUAAUAAGAUUACCUUCUUCAGCUUUUUCACAGUGUGUUUGUACUGAUUCCUGUUUGGGUAUGUUGAACUGUUUGUGCUUUGGACGCACAUGGGAUAACGCUUUUAGCCACAUAGUUCCUAACUCCAGCAUUCUCACAGGGGUCUGUCUGCGGUUCUCACCUGUCUCGUGAUGAGUGCCAGGCAUCUAUGCCGGUCUAGUGUACAAACAUCAUACUCACAUCGCAUGAGACAACUGGGAGUAGUUCGGUGUGGUACGGUUAGACUCGUUUCCAGCUAGUGUGUUCGUGUUGGACUACUUUCACUGUUCACGAUAGCUGUUGGUAGCCGAGUGUGAUCCUAAUGUAUGGUUGUGUGGGUUUGUAUAACGUUAGAUUCGUGUCUGGUUUGCUGGCAACUUGGUUGUGAUGACUCGAACGGGGUGAGCACUUGCAUUUUGUAUAAACGUUGGAAACUGAUUACUAGGAAUCUCGUUUUCUAUUCGAUACUUAUAUUAGAGUUGUGAUAGACAAGAUCAUAAUUGCAGUAGAGGUGUUUCUCAUUUGUCCUGAAUAUCGUUCAUUACAGUUAUAAUUUUAGUGGAACGGUACCGUGAGUGGACAGGUCGUAUAUAUAAUUUACCGGCAGCUUGUUUUUCAAUAUAUUCAACCUCGUAGGGCAAACCGUGUUAACUAUUAGAUUAGCUGUUAUGUAGUUUCUAUGUAGUAUUAGUCCCAUGAACUACUUUUUUUGCCUACAGAAGAGUAACCAAUGAAAGUAUGUCUCUGAAUAUGAAUCUUACUUUCGCAUAUUUUUGUAUGUUGUCUGAAAAAUUUACAUGGUAUACGUUGUGGUGGUGAGCAUGAUUUGUGGCCGGACAAAUUAU